AUGGCGGACGAGGUCGCCUAUGGGCUGGACAGGGAGCUCAAGGCCAAGCAGGCGGCCAAGUACGACGUGGGCCUGGAGAGGCAGGUCGCCGACUGGAUCACGGCCGUCUCUGGCCAGCAGGCCGAAGAGGGCCAGACCUUCGCUGGGUGGCUCCGGGACGGUCGGGUCCUGUGCGGGCUCGUCAACGCCAUCAGCCCGGGGGCGAUCAAGAAGGUCAACACGAGCUCGAUGGCCUUCAAGCAGAUGGAGAACAUCUCGUUCUUCACCGACGCCGCCCGCAAGCUUGGCGUGCCCGAGUCGGCCGUAUUCAGCACGCCGGACACGGACCUGUACGAGGAGAAGAACGUCGGCUCCGUGGUGAACUGCGUGUACACGCUGGGCGGGGCGGUCCAGGUGUCGUGCCCCGGGUUCCAGGGUCCGCACCUGGGGGUGCCGAUCACCGUCGAGAGCAAGGACAGGCGGCGAUCUUUCGGCCGGAUCACCGACCAGUCCCAGGGCUUCUCGGCCACGCUCGACAUUCAGAGGCCCUCCGAGGAGACCGCAUCCUCGGCGUGGUGCGGCCGAACGCGAUGA